AUGGGCUUCCACUACACUGACGUUCUCGAGAAACACAACUGGGUCGGCGGUGGACUCGACGCUUAUAUCUAUCACGUCAGUCCUGCCAUUGUGGUGAAAACUGUUCGUCGUGACCGAACCCCUGAAGAAGAGGCAGCAGAGCAUCCUUUCCUCAAGGAGAUCGCGUUCUACAAAUGCCUUAAAGAGCGCCAAGAUCGAUGCUCAGAUAUAGUCGAAUGUUUUCUCGUGCUCCCAGACCAUAUUUUUCUAUCAUAUUGCGCACAUAAGGCCAUCGCCCAGCGCUUCUAUGAGCGUCAGGAGCGAGAGGCAACGUCAAAUGGGAUUUAUGGGCGUCUUAUCGGUGUGAAGGAAUACGAGGAUCCUGCUCUUAUUGCUCGAUGGAUACAACAAAUGACCUCAGCCCUUGAAUAUGUCGAAAAAAUGGGCUUCUGUCACAAUGAUCUAUAUGCAGGCAACUGUCUUCUUGACACGAAUUUUAACUUGAAGCUGACUGAUUUUGGUCGUGCUACCACCAUCGGACAGUUUCUCGAAGGUGCCUUGCCUCCGCGAGCUAAGCCAAUACUUGCUGGGCCGUUGAAAGGCACAUACGGCCUCUGUUCCGCUAGAACCGAAUAA